AUCAGUUAUCACCACAUUCAACAACUAUUAUUUUUCCUUCGCAUCCACCUUUCAACGCCAUUCCCUUCCCUUCUUAAAUAAAUAAUCACUUAUUCCUUUCUCAGUUUUCUUUCAUCUCUUCACUAACAAGUAAAAACGCGCGCGCGUUUCAUUAAUCACUUUUCUUUUCAAUUUCAAUUAUGCAAACGCGCGUUUUCUCUCUCUAGCUCAACCAUGUCAGCACGACAAAUCAUCGAAGUACCACAAACACCGCUUCUCCGCUCACACCAUGAAGGCAACGGCGGCGGUCGCCGUACUUCCCUCGCUCAGCUACUCGGACGCGCCACCGGACGGAGAGGACCAUCUGUCCUGGUACGCGAAACGGCGGCGCGUGAACUCGAAGAGCGUCGUGCCGAUUGGGGAUACUCGAAGCCAGUGGUAGCGCUUGACAUGUCGUGGAACAUGGCGUUCGUUGUUGUAUCGGCAGUGAUGCUUGCGUUCACCGUUGACGAGCGUCCGAACAUGCCGAUCCGCGUUUGGAUCGUAGGUUACGCGUUGCAGUGUUUUGUUCAUGUUGUAUUGGUGUGGAUUGAGUAUCACCGCCGUAAUAGGAGGGAUUCGCGGCAGAGGCAGAGGGAGAGUGAUGCUGAAUUCAGUUCCGACGGUAACGAUAGUGAUGACAGCGAUGGCGACGUGAACUCGACUCAGUCCAGAUUCACCAAGCGAUGUGAAUCAAUAAAUACCGGGGUUUCGUUCCUUUGGUGGAUGGUGGGCUUUUACUGGGUUGUCUCUGGUGACGAUAUCCUUCUGCAAGAUGCUCCCCGCUUGUACUGGUUGGCUGUUGUCUUUUUGGCAUUCGAUGUCUUCUUUGCCAUCUUCUGUGUUGUUUUGGCAUGCUUGAUUGGCAUUGCUCUCUGUUGUUGUUUGCCCUGCAUCAUUGCUAUUCUCUAUGCUGUUGCGGGACAGGAAGGUGCGUCAGAAGCAGAUCUUAGUAUACUUCCAAAAUACAGAUUUCGAUUAUCAAACAAUGAGGAGAAGGAUAGUGGUGGAGCUGGAUCAAUGGUUCCCAUAGAAACCACCAGUGCAUACUUGGCAACUGAACGAAUACUUUUACCUGAGGAUGCGGAAUGCUGUAUAUGCCUCUGCCCAUAUGAGGAUGGAGUAGAGCUCCACACUCUUCCCUGCAACCAUCAUUUCCAUUCUUCAUGCAUAGUAAAAUGGCUGAAGAUGAAUGCAACUUGUCCUCUUUGUAAGUACAAUAUUCUCAAGGGAAACGAACAGGUAUAACACGUUAUGGGAGUUUUCAACGCUGUUGUGUACUUGUGUAUAUGUAGAAAUUCAAGACAAGAAACACCGAUUUGCUCGGUUUUGAUAAUUGUUUUGCUGAUCUGUUUAGAGAAGAUUUAGGUCAUUUUUUCAUGAAUAAGUUAGCCACGUUACUAUACUGAGUAUUAUUUUGUCCUUUGCUAUAGAGUCAUUUGAAAGUUAUCCAAUUUAUGGAUUAUUGUAGUUCUCUGUAAAAUAUGUUGCCGUUUUGAAAUAUAAAAAUGUGGGUUCAAUA